AUGGAUGCUGAGUUCAAUAGAACAUAUAUAACUCUUGGUGGCUAUGUAGGAGUGGACAAAUACGGAUAUCUUUAUUUUGUUAUCUUGUUGGCAUUAUAUCUCCUCAUCCUCUGUACUAAUUUAACCAUCAUAUGUCUAAUCUGUAUUCACAGGAACCUUCAUGAGCCUAUGUACAUUUUCAUUGCAGCUUUGUCGGUCAACUCUAUUUUGUUUAGCACUACUAUCUACCCCAAACUUUUCAUUGAUGUCUUAUCCCAAAGACAGAUCAUUUCUCAUUCAGCUUGUAUGUUUCAAUAUUUUAUGUGUUAUUCUAUUGGUAUUUCAGACUUCUUACUGCUGUCAGCCAUGGCUUAUGACAGGUAUGUGUCUAUCUGCAAACCUCUGCAAUAUCCAACUAUCAUGGGAAGAAUAACUGUUACUGUUCUCUUGGCCUUGGCCUGGUUUAUACCUGCAAGCCAGCUUGGAGCGACAACUGUAAUUAAUUCUCAACAAAAACUUUGUGACUUUAGAACAGGAGGAAUAUUUUGUAACAAUAAAGUAUUUAAGCUUCACUGUGUACAAUCAACUGUUCUUAAUGUUUAUGGUUUGUUCAUCAUGUUAAAUUUGAUUGUCGUUCCUGUGAUUUUCAUCCUUUUUACCUACAUAAAAAUAUUUGUAAUAACCUAUCGCAGUUGUGUAGAAGUUAAGAAAAAAGCCGCAGAGACAUGUUUACCUCAUCUGAUGGUUUUAAUGUGCUUCUCUUGUUUGAGUAUAUUUGAUAUCAUUACAGCACGACUGGAGUCAAAUAUUCCAAAACAUGUACGUUCAGUAAUGACGUUGCUGAUAUUUGUGUAUAAUCCUUUGUUCAAUCCAAUCAUAUAUGGAGUGAAAAUGAAAGGAAUCUCAAAACACAUCAAGGGAUUGUUUCGUCAUCUUGUGACCAAAAACAUAUAAUUACUCUUGUUA